ACAACUAUGGCCCAACCCCCCGCCUGCCUCACCCGCGACCGACACCGAACCACUUCCAGAUCGAGCUGGCGAUAAAACCAUGCGGCGACGACAAGCGCCAAAUGUCUGCGCUGGAGUAUGGCAAUGGCUCUUCGAGGGAGAGACAUAGCCCUUGCUGCGAUUGCUGCUUUCAUUGCCUGGGGAUAUGCCGUCCAUUGGUUCCCCGCCAUCCGCUGGGCUAACUACGCCUUUGCCGCCGGCGUCCUCGUUACUCUCGUCGGCCUGCUCGCCUUGCUCGUGCUUACCUCUCGUGGACCACAUCACCGCCGACUGCGCCGAUCACCACGGCCCCAUGGCGCCGCCUUCAUUGCCCCGGGCGUUUGGACGAAGGAGGUGGCCGCUCUCCGGGCACGCCAGACGCCCACCAAAGCACCGCUCUAUCCCGAGUCGCCCAAAGUCUCGGCAGCUCUCGACGAGGUUCUGGGCUACGUCGUCCGCGAUUUCAUACAAGUUUGGUAUUCGAGCAUCAGCAAGAAUCCCGUCUUUGCGGAUGAGGUGGACAAGGCAAUACGGGGCGCCAUCUUGACCGUCCGGGACCGCCUUGCGCAGCUAGACCUCGCUACCAUCCUGACCACCCGUUUGGUGCCCAUCCUGACAGCUCAUUUCCGCGAUGUGUACGAGGCCGAGAAGUCGGUCAGGGGGCGCAAACUGAAUCGAUCAGUCACAGAGACGGAUGAGCUGGACCUGGCGAUUGCUUCCAAAUACAGAGAUGGCAAGCUCCAUCCCGCCGCCACCCUGUCUUUUUCCGACACCAAGACGACUCAGCAAGACUACCUCCGAAAGGUCAUGUUGAGGAUUCUUCCCAAGAUCCUCCCCAAGAGCAUGUUGGCUUCCGGCGCCGUUUCAGCCAUUGUCCGCGAGAUCACCGCCUGCGCCGUCAUGUUCCCCAUCAUGCAGAUGCUUUCCGAUCCCGAUACCUGGAAUCAGCUGAUGGAGAACUACGGGAGGAGUAUGCUUCAGGAUCGUUCGACGGUCCGCAAGCUUCGGGCGGCUCUUGACCAGCACGCUUCGCCAGCACCAAGGGUCAGCAAACUUGUAGCAUUUCCUCGAAUGAUUCCUGGCGAUAAUGAGAGGAAGUUCGAAAAGUUCAUCCGUGCCAUCCGGAAAACCAACAACCUCUCGGAUGCGAGGCGGUUCCGGAGCGAAGUUGCUAUCCAGCUCAAGCGAGAUUCUCAGCAGGAAAAUGUCGACCAGGUUUACUUGCGUCGUCUUGAGAUGGGAAAGAGGUUGCUCGAUCAAAAGGUCCAUCAUUUGGCAGCCGGUGGGGAUCGGCGGGCUCUCCCGCUACCAAAUACGCCUUUGCCAACACCAACUGUGUCUCGCCUGGAGAAUGCUUCCCUGACGGAUGUCUUGCGUGAUCCCUCCAGUUUGUCCUAUUUUAUGGAGUACAUGGAUAGGCAACGCCUCAUGCCCUUGGUUCAGUUCUGGCUUGUUGUGGACGGGUUCCGUAAUCCGCUCGAGGACGACGGGCCAGAAGGAGAACAGCUUCCGUUGAAGCUUCCACCCUGGACCGACUCAGACCGCUUGGACCUCGCUCAGAUUGAGGCUGCGUAUCUCUCGAGGCCUGAGCUCAAAGUACCGGACUCGUCCAAGCGGACUAUUCAGGAGUUUCUGAGAGCAGGAAGAAGAGCCUCGCCUGAACAAUAUUAUAAGGCACGGAGGGCUGUCCUACGCGCUCAAAGCGCAGUGCUGGAGGAAAUGAAGGCCAAGCAUUUGGGGAACUUCAAAAAGUCUGACUUGUUUUACAAAGCGCUGGCUUCCGAGGAGGCAUCAAAGAGCAUGGUAGCACCAGUUUCUGGAUCAUCAACGCCCGGGCCUUCAAUGGCCAGAGCAUCCUCAUUUACCUCCUCCAAGCCAAAUCCGCAACUACGCAUGGCUCUUCGUCUCCCUCCGGGUGCCCGCAACAGGGGCGCCGGGUCAACUCUUGACCUACGGGCAGGGGCGCAAAGCAUAGAUGCUCUAAUGGGGACUCGUCGGUCUAUGGAAGACGAUUCCCCCGCGCCUAUGUUUGACGACGAUGAUCUGGGCGAGGAUGGCUUGGCCGAUUCGGUACAAAGCCUCGAGCAGGAGCCGGCAGCGCCGGUCCCAGAUACUCGUGUCGUUCAGGCGAUGGAGCAGGCUCUAAAUAAUAUUAUGGAGGACAGCCAGCCGCCAACGGCAGAGGAUCUGCGUGCAUCUCUCUUUGGUGACGACGGGAACAACUCAAGUCUUUUUGCGUCUCCGCCAAGUUCCGGGCCUAUAAGAGCAAUGUCUGCUACACCACGUUCCAAUCAUGGCUCCGUUGAUCUGGGACGACCCAGUAGGGGUUCUGCUGACAUGCCGAGACCGAUGACAGCGAAAGAGCCGGAGAAGCCCAGCUUGGCAUCCCUGGGUCUUGUGAGCGCUGCGUCUCGUAUAGGCGUCUUUAUCGACGACGAUCUGUUUGCAGACGAGAACAGGUUUCUGUCGGAUGAGCAUGAAUAUUCUGACGAGAACAAGGAUGAUGACGAGAUUGACGAAGUUCAUGAGGCAGCGCCUGGUGACCUGGGGCUAGCGGAGGCAAUCACCGUUCUCAGCAAUGAUAUCGAUCGCCUGGUCGCUCAAGAUGCUGUCGUGGACUCUCUGCUAAAGAAGGCUGAACUGACAAAUAACACGGCCGAGCUAAGGAUCCUUCGAAAGUCGAAAGCAAGCUUACAAAGAGAAAUCAGAAGGAAGGAGUUGCAACGACAGCAAUAUGUCAUUCAGGAGAGUGAUAAUAGUCUUUAUGGCCGGUCCACGAUCAAGAUUAAGAAUAUUCAUGUCGGCCGAGAGGAGGAUGGGAAAGAGUUCGCCAUGUACGCCAUUGAGGUGCUGCGGAAUGCUGGAGAAAAGAUGCCAGCGGCGAUAUGGACCGUCACUCGUCGUUACAGCGAGUUCCUCGAGCUCCAUCAAAAACUGCGAUCACAGUAUCCGUCUGUUCGCAACCUGGACUUCCCUCGGCGGCGCAUGGUGAUGAAGCUACAAAACGACUUUCUGCAGAAGCGCCGCGUCGCACUUGAAAAAUAUCUCAACCAACUUCUUCUCCUCCCCGAUGUCUGCCACAGCCGGGAACUCCGAACGUUUCUCUCCCAAAGCGCCAUCACGCCCGCCACAGCCACCCAGGGCCAAACCUCGUCACCAGAAGACAGCAAAAAGGACAUGAUGACUCGCCUCUACGACUCGGUCGCCGACGGCAUGGAGGACAUCCUCGGCAACAUCCCCGUGCUCGACCAGCUCUCGCUAGCCGGGCAGAACCUCCUGGCCGCAGCCACCAACCAACAACUGGCGGCCGCCAGCGCAGCCGGGGCCGGGGACGACGUAGUCACGGCCGCCGAGGCCGAGGCCGAGCUGAACGCGUUCGAGCUCACCAACGACAAGGAACUCGAGCCCUUCGUCAAGCCCAUCUGCGACAUCUUCCUCGAGGUAUUCGAGCUGAACCGCGGUAACAACUGGCUGCGCGGCCGGGCCGUCGUCGUGGUACUGCACCAGCUCCUGGGCGGCACGAUCGAGCGCAAGCUGCGCGACAACGUCAGGAUGUUGGUGGCCGAGGACGCGCUGCUGCGGUAUAUUGGUCUUGUCAAGGACGGCAUGUGGCCCGGCGGCGAGCUGCCCAAUAACAAAACGCCGAGGACGGCGCAGGAGAAGGCACGCACAAAAACGGAGGCUAGUCUCAUGCUCGCGACGCUGGUGCCGGAUUUGGCGGCGAGUGUGGUGGGACGGCUCAAUGCGCAGGCGGCGAGCAGGAGGAUUUUUGCGACGUUUAACAAUGAGCGGUUGAAUGCACAUUUGGCGUUCACCUUCUUAGACGAGAUCAUCGAUAUCCUGUUUGGUGAAAACCAGGGCAGGAAGCAGCAGCAGUCAGGGGGGUAGGUCAUUAGAAAACAAGCAGGACAAGCAGGCAGUCGAUCAUGAAAGACAGACAGAGACAGACAGAGACAGACAGAGAC